UCUCUGCCUCUUCCUUCCUCGCCUCCCGUCCGGAGAAAGCCUCUGAUUGGAGGGGGCCGGGGGAGCGGUUUCGAGGCUAGCUGCAGGCUGAGAAAGCGAACCUUACCUCACCUCGGGAGGGAGUCAGUGGCUGCCUGAGGGGAAACCUGUGCGAGCCGGAAAAUGCAUCAUUUUGAGGAAGAAUUAACUUGUUCCAUUUGCUAUAGUAUAUUUGAAGACCCACGUGUAUUACCGUGCUCUCACACGUUUUGUAGAAAUUGUCUGGAAAGUGUUCUUCAGCUGUCAAGCAACUUUUCCAUAUGGAGACCACUAAGACUUCCAUUGAAGUGUCCCAACUGUAGAAGUAUUGUUGAAAUUCCUCCAUCUGGUACUGAAUCAUUACCUAUCAACUUUGCAUUAAAAGCUAUCAUUGAAAAAUAUCAGCAAGAAGACCACCCAGAUGUUGCAACAUGUAGUGAACAUUAUAGGCAGCCAUUAAAUGUUUAUUGUCUUUUGGAUAGAAAAUUAGUGUGUGGCCAUUGUCUUACAAUAGGUAAACAUCAUGGUCAUCCUAUCGAUGACCUUCAAAGUGCCUUCAUGAAAGAAAAGGAUACUCCUGGAAAACUCCUUGAGCAGUUAACUGAUGAACAUUGGACUAAGGUGUGUUUGCUCAUUGAAAAGUUGGAAGAACAGAAGUCUCACUGUGAAAACAUUGUUCAAGAUGAUAAAAAAGCUGUAUUGCAGUAUUUUAAGAAACUUAAUGACACACUGGAACAUAAAAAGCAAGCUUUGCUGUCUGCUUUGGAUGAAGUUAAUGCUUACAUUUCUGAAGAAUAUGCACCACUCAUUGAAAAUAUGAAAAGAAUGAGAGAAGAACAGCUUGAUUUAAUGUCAUUGAACACAUCUGUUCAAGAAGAGGAGUCUCCACUUCUUUUCCUUGAGAAGGUUGAUGAUGUGUGUCAACGCAUAAAAGUUUUGAAACAAAAGCAAUUACCAGAUAUUAAACCUGUUGAAGUUUAUCCACGAAUAGGACAGCUAAUGAAGGAUGUGUGGUCCAAAACUGAAAUUGGUCAGAUUAACAAGAUCCUCACUCCAAAAAUAAAGCUGAUUCCAAAAGGGAAGGUAUGCAACAAAGCCAGUGAGAAGGAAAGAGAACAGUCUAAGGAAUUGCUUCAGUUUAUAAACCCUUUAACAGUAAUGCUAAUUUCUAUGAUAAUAGUGAUAAUUAUGAUUACAUUUAGCAAACCUGUAUUGUCAGUUGUAAAUGAAGUAACUUUGGUAUAUAUUUCAGAUAUCUUGCAGUUUGUUUAUCAAGAUCUAUGGAACAACUUUCAGGCAGUCAUGGAAAUGCUAUGCCAUACAUCUAAUUUACUGAGAGAAUUCAUGGGGAGAAUUGUUUCUUUUUCUUUCUGAGUAUCUGAAAUACUGAAAUUAGUAGUUAAGAUAAUUAUAGGAAUUCUCAUUACGUUUGCACUAUUUUGCAAGGCUUUAAAAAAGUUUCGAUCACAAUGCUGCUGAAAUAACAGAUCCUUUACAAAACAUGUAAACUUGUUCUCUAUAAUAAUUAGUACCAGAAUCAGUGCAUCAGAUAACUUUUGCAGAAAUAUGCAAAGUAGGAUAUUGAAGAGUAUGUGGGGCAGGGUUAUCUCUUUAAUACCCCAAUUUUCCCUUCCUUUUUUCUAUCCUAUGCCCCCACUACCCUGCCCAUUUCUGAAUCUCUGCUUUUUCUAACUGGUCAUCAUUCAACUCAAUAAGGGCUGGAUGGUAAUUCUUCCUUAAAGUGGUAUAUACAGUUGGGCUUCCCUGUUCUGGCACCCUUGUGACCUGACUGGUCCCAAACCAGGAAUUUUGCUGGACCAAGGAAGGUCAAUGCUGGACCCUCUGUUGUCAGCCUCUGGGAUCUUCUAGGGGACUGCCAACCUCCUGGCCACCAGGCCUCUGCCUUCCUGGCUGUCGGUGCCUGUUCCUGGGCUCCUCUCCUGGUUGCUGCCUACGUUCCCCACCCAGGCCAGAUUCCAUGCCACUGGGCUCCUGGCCACCACCCCAGCUCCGCUCCCAGCAAGGAUCUUCCCAGCCCUGGCUUCUGGCUCCCAGGACUUUGUCCUUUUGUUUGUUUUUGUUAAAGAAAAAGCCCUAGAACUGUGAUAAUGCAUUGUAAAUUUAUUCUUAAAUAUUGUUAUUACAUUUAAAAUUAAAGUUACGUUUGCUUUAACAUAAAAAUGUUGACACACCCCGUCCUCCAUAAUCAAAGUAAGUGCAGUAGGUUCCAUUAGUUAAAAUACAAGGGACUGAUUAUGCCUCCACUGAUAUUUAUUUGUAAUAGGUUGAUUAAUUUACACUUAAUAAAUAUUUUCCACUAGUGCAGGGAUGGGCAAUAAUUUUUGGUGGGGGGGCCACUCUAAGCUUUUGGUAAGUGGUCAAGGGCUGGGCUUUUCUGUGGAGCAGGUGAAGGUCUAGGAUAGAAGCUGGGUACAGAAGGGCACAUGGGGUAAAGGACUGGAGUGCAGGAGAGGGUGUGAGGUCUGACAGGGUGUUUGAGUGAAGGAGGGGGUUGUGACCUGGGGCAGAGGGUGCCAGAAGCAGGCUGUGGCUGGGAGGCACUUACCUAAGCAUCUCCUGGCCUGCAGCAUCCCCAAGGUAGGCUGGUCUCCCUACCUGCUGUAGCCCCAGACCACUUGAAAAUACAGGUUGCUCCUUCCACAUUGCUCUGGGUGGUGGAAGAGACUUGCCCUACCCCUGCCUCCUAAGCCAAUCUCUCAGCUCCGAUUGGCUGGAUGUUUCCAGCCAAUCGGAGCUGAGAGCCUGGCUGAGGUCAGUUCUUAUUGGCCAAUAGGAGCUGAGCAUUGGGCUAGGGGCAGGGAGAUAACACAAAGUCAUCGAUCCCCUUCCCCCACUCCAGAGCAGAGAAACAUAGGGACUGCACUUUAAACUGUGGCAGCUGUGUGCCCAAGGAUCCCGGCAGGGUGCUCCGCAAGCCAGAUCCAGUGGCUUGGGAAUAAUUCAGUGCACAUGAGCUCCAAAUGGUACUUUUUUUUUAAAGGCAUCAAAAUUAACUGUGCCGUACCAACAAAUAUUUUUAAUGUUUUAAAAAUUCAUUUAUACUGUAGUACAGUAACACUUCUGGGCUGUUGUGUAUUUUUUAAAUAAUGUAAGCACAUUGCUUCUUAAAGAGAUUAGUAUACAUGUGGCACCUGGCAUUUUAAAAGCCUGAUUUAAAAAAAAAAACCUCAAAGACUCACAGUCUGUUCUUCCAAAAUGCCAAGAGCCUUCACUUUCCAUUAACUUCAGUGGGAGUUAGGGACAGUCAGUAUCUCACAAUAUCAAACCCAAGUUAAAUCAUUUAGUAGUCUAAACUAUCACAGUUUUAGAGAUCAAAUGUUGAGCCUCUGCAACACCAAUCAGGACUUGCCCCUAUUAUCUGUAAAAUACCACUUUGAGGGCAUGUCUAGACUACAUGGCUCCGUCUGGACGGAGCAUGUAGAUUUGUUUACUCAGAAAAGGGAAAUGAAGAGGCGAUUUAAAUAAUCGCUGCU